AUGGCGACUUUACAACCUCGCCAGGUUCUUAUAUACGACGAUGACUACGGCUGGUGGUAUUCAGACACCGCCAUAAUCAUCAAAUGGACCAUCGGCGCGAUAAUUUUCGCUAUCAUUAUUGCAUACUUCGGUGGCGGGUACAUUCAUGCCAAAAACCGAAUGUCAAAGGGACUGGAACCGCUCAAUUAUCACAGAUGGAUGGUUAGACGGCAAAUGCCACCGGAGGCCUACCCGAGUCAUUUCAACGGGAAUGCCGGUGGGUAUGGUAAUUAUGGAGGAUAUGCGGAACCAUAUCAACCUCCUCCACCUGUUUACAAUCCAACUCAAGGACCACCACCGAGUUAUUAUCCCGAAAAUAUGCCGGCAAGGGGAGAUAUUCCGUUGAACCCGACAAAAACCAGCCCGAAUCAGACAUACCCGGGGCAGCAGUGGUCCGGAAUUGCUGGUGGUGAAGCUAGCGGCAGCGGGCCGAGACCGUAA